UCUUUUCGUUCACAUAUAAAGUCAGAAAAAAAACACAUGAAUCACGGUUGGUUACGUACGGUGCGAAAGAAGUCUAACACAUACGGUGCAUACAACACAUGGGCCUUAUUAUAUUCGUGGGGCAUGAAAACCCGCGGAGAUGGGGGGAAGGCUGGACAUGCUGAGAGAUUAAAAUAAAAAAAGACAUUUCUAUGGUAUUGGCCCUCGUAUGUACUGUUCUGUUUUUUUUUCAGUUGCAUCCCUCCAACAACAAUCGCUUAUUUUGUUUUGAAAACGUGUUAGAGAUGUCUUUUUCUUUGCUCACAUUUCACCUUUUACCGCACCUUGCAGCCUUUAUUUGUCCAGUUCUUUGAUCCUCGGCUCACGCACACACGUACUACUUGAAAAUUAAUAGUAGCUCAUUCAAAUCAUCAAUGGCAAUAGUUUUACAUUUGCGAAGCGCAUUUAAUUCGUAGAUCAAGGUGCACAUGAAUGGCGACCAUCUCCUCCCGAAGUGCAUGAGAGCACCUGAUGCUUUGGAGGACACUUUCAGACAAGCUCCACAAUAUAUUUAUUGUAGUCACGGCAAUGAGACGUUACCCAAUCUUUCGGCAAUAUAAAUCCAUACUCGUUGGUUCUUUCGGUAAAGACACGUAGGUAGAAAUCCAGGAGCGAGCAUUUUUGGUUCGAUCAAUUUACAGCCAACACCUGGCGACUACCAGCUCCGUAGUUCAUCUAUGCAUGUAAAAUGUCAGGCAAAGCUAACGAAAUCUGUUGCUAUAGCUAUUGCAAUGUAAUAUGAGGGUUCCUGCGUUACCACGUGAUACGAUAACCUUACCAAAUUUCACAAAACGUCAAUCGUGUUAUCAGUUUCCCACAGCUUUGCAUUCCUGAAAGGUGCGACGACGAAUAUCGGAAACGAUGUGAAUCAAAUCGAUUUACAGGGGUAAGUAGUGGGUGGUGGUGGUGGAGGAGGCGAAGCAUGAGAGGCGACGGAUAACGAGAAAGGAUGAACGAUGCUGUCAGCGACGUAAGUGCGGGUUGAGGCGACGCAAAUCGGGUAGCGGUGUUGAUAAAGUGACGAUGUAUUUGCGAAACAACGCCAAAAGGGGGAGAAGUGGAUCGGAUAAUUACUGUAAUGCUAUUUUUAAUUGUUAUUGUAUUGCUGUAGUGCUUUUCUGUACUUCUAGCAUUAAUAAAUGUUACUUUUAAAAAAAAUGUUCGCCUGCAGUUCACUCAACAUAGCCCGAUGUGCAUAACCAUUUCAAUAUAUGAACGUUAUAGUGCACAAGGUUGUCAAGAACUGCACAUAAAACGAUUCAGUCAUUCGAUGAACUCAAAAUGAACAUAAUUGUCAUGUCAAUUAUUGCGGAAGAAAUAUGGAAUAUGGACGAGGAAAAGUUUACAAUGUUAAAUUAACGUCUAGAUUUACUUUAUUCGCGAUGUUUAUGGAGUAAAAGCGCAUUUGUCCAUCUGCGAGACCGUCACAGCAACUGUGGUUUUUGUCAAAGCGUUGUGCUUUCAUUUUGACUGCGAGGAACAAGGGACCUAUGCAAUUGAUGAUGAGAUAUGUGCAACAUCUGACCUAUUCACGAACCUUUUUGUGCGUGUGUUUAGUUUUUUGUCCUUCCCACGCACCUCCGAUUCGCACAAAUUGGCUACGUGCGGUGCGAAAGAAGUUCAACAUGCAUACGUACAAAGUGGACGUGCAGGAGAACCAGCAGUCAAUUCAGGAGCGAGAUUGGCUUGAUCGUAACGGACACAUCAUAGAAUGUCAGAGGUGUCGGUCCUUAACAAAUUCAAAUGAAGGCAACGAUCACAGACUUGUGCAAUGCAAAUAGAACUUCAACAAAUACAACAGUCAAAGCACAGUCAAUUUGAGGCCAACAAAAACCACGACAGUUAACAUCAAAACCUAUGCGAGCAGGUAGGUGAAUUAGUUGUUGUAAGAUUAUAAUCAGGCAUUAUUCUCCCCGACUUGCUCUCUGUUGUUCUCAACACGUCAGUUCAGUUUUGGCACUACAGGCUGAAAGAAAACUCUAUGCUCGGCGAAAUUUCAUCAAAUAAAAGAUUACCUUUUAUUUUCCAUUUCAGUAUUUGUUUUUAAAUUACAGCCUUGCCGUGGCAGAAGCUGACAAUGUGCCAAGAUGUGAUUAACAUAUUUAUAAUAGCAGCCUAAACCCAACCAUGAUCGGCGGCUCCAAGUAUAUAAGACCCACGUUAGCGCUGCAUUCAGUUUAUCUGCACUCAGCCCAUUCAUUCAUUCACAGAACAACAGCAACUCUGCACCCACUCCAAAACAAAAGGAUGGGUCCCCUUCAGCUGUUCCAACUGGCUCUGUGGCUCGAGGUGGCUUACUCCAACUCCUUGUGCAAGCUGCACAACACCACCAUAGCGGUGGAGAAGAGUGGCUGCGCCGAGUGUCGUUACAUCAACACCACCGUCUGCAGUGGCUACUGCUACACCUGGCAACUGAUCGGGCACAAUAUGAGGAAGAUUGCCCAGGAGGUGUGCACGUACACGGACGUGGGCUACGAGACCGUGACCCUGCACGGCUGUGACCCCGGCGUUGACCCGACCCUCCACUAUCCGGUGGCGCUCAGCUGCCAGUGCAGCCAAUGCCAGACCGACACCACCGACUGCACCGUGCGCAGCCUGAGACCCGACUACUGCAGCCACCCGAGCCAGAUCAAGGGGCCACCGCUUGGAGUCGAUCUGACCAACGAAACCAUGCCAGCUGCGGGCAGCUACCGGGUUUAAGAAGAGGUUAACGGAGGGUUCAUGGGGUGGUGGGGGGGGGGGCGGCUGCUAAAUUGUCUAAACUCGAGGGAUGUGAUCGACUGGCAUUGCGUUUUUAAUGUUUACGAUAGAGCCAAAUUUAAAUCAUAAUCUCUUCAUGUGAGCUUUAUGUGGCUGUUCCGUGUUUUUGUAUGUGCUUUCAUUUAGCCAUUGGUUUGAAUACAGACCCCGCACUUUUUAACCAGGUCAAAUUAUUUUGCAGGCUUGAAAAGGCUAACCUUAAUGUAUGUAACGGUAAGCAAAUGAUGUGCCGAUAAAUGUUGGUGUAUUUAAUAGAGGGUAUAUAAAGUAAUAGCAACGAGACAAACAACACCAAUUGAGAAACGAUGUUGUUGAAUGAAGUAGCGACCAAGAAUUGUAAUAAUUGUUCGCAUUGUGGUGGAGGGUGUGUGUGUGAAUCGUUAUGAUCUGGAAAGAAACAUCCAAAACCUAUGCCCGGUGCCAAUAAAGUUAUAAAAAUCUGGCGCACCAACCCGAUUAUAAGACGCACCACAAGUGAAUGCUAUGCGGGUGAAUAAUAGAAGCUUUCCAAAUAACACAUCUUACAUUGAAGGAGCAAUGUUGGCAGUGGUAUUAUGGCAUGAGUACACAAAGCACAUUUCCACCACCACCAGUGUCUUUGGUAGUGUUUCAGUGGUAGAAAUAUAUAUUGUUAUGUGCUUGGUCGUUUGAAGGAGUGUUUUAACGUUGUUGUAGCUAUUAUUUUCCGAAGCAUUUUCUUUUAAUGUUCCCUUACUGACAAAUAUUGAUAAAACAUUUGCUGCACUCUUGCACAAUGGCUGAUUACUUUCGUGAAGGCCUCUUGACUGCUUUCAAAGUUGAUGUAGUUGAGUGUUAUUGUCAUGGAUUCUUGUAAAAGUUCCACUUUCAAACAGUGAAAAUAAUUUCUAACUACUGUAAUCCAAGUCCCAUGAACUCAGCAGCACUUGAGUCAAAUGUAAUUUUUACUUUGAAGCUUCCAAAAAGAGUACUAUUGUUGUGCAUCACCCCACAGGAAAACAAUAUUGGAAUGUUGCAAAGAAUAAACAUCUUAACGUUG